UUCGAACAGGAACAUGUUGCGUGAGAGGGAGAUGGAACUGGCGCUGCAACAGAUCGUGUAUGAGGAGCAGUCCAAGAUGAAGGCUAUGGGCUUUUCCGAGGCGUACAUCGGGUCGAACGAUGCCAAAUGCAGUAUCUUCUUGUCCGGGCAAUGGGAGCGCGUCACACGCCUCCUUCUCAUCAUUGUGAGUGGAAACGGCAUCCAGCCGGGUAUUUGGAGUCGAUCCCUUGUCAUGGAGCCCCAAGACACGACCCGCCAGUACUACCGCUCUGGCUCCAUGUUGCCGUACUUGCAUAAGGCCUUGUCGCUGGGGUACGGCGUGAUUGUGACAAACCCGAGUACAAACAUGGUGGUCACCAACCGCGGCGACAAGGUCCCAAUUCCAUACUCGAGCACGCCAGAGGAGCACGUGCGGUAUGUAUGGGAAGCGUUUGCCAUGCAGGCGCGUUGCCAUCAAGUGUACAUCGCCGCAUACGGACGCGGCGGCGUCCUGGCCAAGCACUUGCUGCUGACGCAGCCCGUACUGCGACAAAAGUUGGCGGCCAUUGCCUUCAUCGAGUCAAGCCACCGCGUCAGCGCCGACGACCCCGAGGACGUGCGCACCAUCAUCAGCACCCGCGCGAUCAACUGGCAGCGGUCAGCUGAAGUCGCAGGACGCCAACUGCCCGACUGCGCCCAGCUCGGGUGCUUGAGCUUGUCAGCUGGCGAACCGCAAGCCACCCGCUUGUCUGGUGAACAGCGCAGCACGAACACAGCAUGGACGAUUGCUGCGAGCAUGGAGACUGUGUUUGCUUUUUUUGACAGCGCGCGCGGGUACGACUUGGCCGAAGAGCAGCAGUUCAUGGAGCAGGUGUACGGCCAACAGCCGACGUACACGCAGCCGCCGCCGCUGCACCCGCAGCCACCUGCGCAAGGCCAGCACGAAGACGGCGACAUGGUCAUUGAGCACGUGGUGGACACCAAGUCCCGCGUCACCAGUAGCAGCAUGGUCAUCUCGACGUCGAUGAGCGUCGCCGACUUUGACUUGCUCAGCGUCGUGGGCAAAGGCGCGUACGGCAAAGUGUUUUUGGCACGGAAGAAAGCGGGCCGGAACGCCGGCCGCAUCUACGCCAUGAAAGUUCUCCGCAAAGAAGACGUGUUUCGAAAGAAACAAGUCGAGCACACCAUGUCGGAGCAGCGCAUCCUCAAACACGUCGAGCACCCGUUUGUCGUCCACCUUCGGUAUGCUUUCCAGUCGGACUACAAGCUUUACCUCGUCAUGGAUUACUACCACGGCGGGUCCCUGUUUGUGCAUCUCAAGCAGCUCAAGCAUUUCCCCGAGGCCCGCGCACGGUUUUACGCGGCCGAGCUCGCUCUCGCCAUGUCGCACUUGCACAGCUUGCACAUUAUGUACCGCGACUUGAAGCUCGAGAACAUUUUGAUGGAUGCCGACGGCCACGUGGCCAUCACAGACUUUGGACUGAGCAAAGAAGACGACGAAGGGUCGACGUUUGUCGGGACCCCAGAGUACCUCGCGCCAGAGUUACUGAGCUCGCAGCGGACGGCCACAAGCUAUGGCAAGUCCGUCGACUGGUGGAGCUUUGGGGUCCUCGUGUACGAAAUGAUUCGUGGCCAGACGCCGUUCUACGACAAGAACCGCCGCGCCAUGUUUCAAAACAUCCUGACCAAGGAGCCACCAUUCCCGCCGACGUUGUUUUCGCCGACAGCCAUUGAAUUUUUGCAAGCGCUGCUGGUCAAGAACCCUGCCCAGCGCCUGGGGUGUGGCCCAAAUGGCCCGCUCGACAUCAUGCACCAUCCGUGGUUUACCGGCAUCGACUGGCAGGCCCUCUUGGAACGGCGAGUCGACACGCCAUUCCGGCCAAACAUCAAACACGGCCAGGACAUUUUCAACUACGUGCCCGCGUCAUUCCUUCAGCAAGACGUGGCCGAUUCGCCCGUCGUAACGUCGUCCGUCCUGAGCGGGUCCAUGCCCGGCCGGCAAACGAUGCACUUUGACAACUUUAGCUACAUGGGCAGCGACAUCAUGGGGUCCCGCCGCACGUCGUUGUUUCGAGAAAGCGACUUUCGCAUGGACGAGGACGACCUGCAAUGACAAAGCACGGGGACGUCGACCUCUUCCCACAUCAAGUUGCUGGCCUCGACGGAUAUAUAUAAACGGCAGAGCCCUUGGGCGCACUAAAUCUAUGGUUGAAUCGCUCGGCAGGGUCUCUUGCAUCCACGCGCUGGUGAGGCAGUGGGUUUCACGCCGAGGUU